UUUGUGCAGUAUUCCUUCUCUCUGUUGUUACAGAAAUUCAUUAGUGACACAAGAAGCCUGUACGAGGCUGAGCUGGAGACGGUGGACUUCACCAGUAAUGCAGACGCGGCUCGAGUCAACAUCAACAGCUGGGUGCAGAAGCAGACACAAGAGAAGAUCCAGGAUCUUCUGUCUGAGGGCGAUGUGGAUUCUCUGACCAGACUGGUGCUGGUGAACGCUAUCUACUUCAAGGGCAGCUGGGAGACGAAGUUCAGAGAGGAACACACCAGAGAGCAGCAGUUCAACAUCAGCAAGGUCAGAGUUCACCAGGGCUUGUCUAAGGUGGUGCAUAAGUCGUUUGUUGAAGUGAACGAGGAGGGGACGGAGGCGGCUGCAGCCACCGGUGCUGUCAUGAUGAUGCGCUGCCUGAUGCGUCCAGAGCGCUUUCGUGCCGAUCACCCGUUCCUCUUCUUCAUACGCCACAAUCCCUCCAAGAGCAUUCUGUUCUGUGCUCGCGUCUGCUCUCCUUGAGCUUCUGGCGCUCCUCCACACCACGGGUUCGAGCCGUAAUACCAGAAGAUGAGGGUCAGGGUUCAGAUCUGUGCGCUUUCAAAGGUUUCAGUUGAAAGUCAAGU